UGUCAAAUUUGUGAACAAUGGCGACUACAACAAAAAUAAUCCAAUGUGAUUAUUUUAGUCGUUUGUUUAGAUUUUAACUUGAUGUGCAAGUUUAUUUAUUUUGCCGUUUGUAAAAAGAAAAUUAUGCUGUAAAUACUUUACUAUAACUUAUUUUCGAAUAUGUAGGCCAAGUUUCAAAAAUAUUGCUUUUGAAUGACGUUAUACUUCUGGUAUUAUUUUAAUUUUGUAUAAUUGUGCUGUGAAAAAUGGAAGUGGUCGGUGAUUACGAAUAUAAUAGUAAAGAUUUGAUUGGGCACGGAGCAUUUGCUGUCGUUUUUAAAGGCAGACAAAGAAAUAAUCACAACUUUACUGUUGCAAUCAAGAGCAUCACAAAGAAAAGUUUGGCAAAGUCCCAAAAUCUUCUAGGAAAAGAGAUCAAAAUCUUAAAGGAGCUGACGGAAUUACAUCAUGAGAAUGUCGUUGCGCUUUUGGACUGCAAAGAAUCUACCCAUAAUGUGUUUCUUGUUAUGGAGUACUGUAAUGGGGGAGAUCUUGCAGAUUAUUUAUCAGGAAAAGGGACCUUAAGUGAAGACACCAUCAGAUUAUUUCUAGUACAAUUGGCUGGUGCUAUGAAAGCCCUUUAUGCCAAAGGAAUCGUACAUCGUGAUUUGAAACCGCAAAAUAUUCUGUUGUCACAUUCAGGUGCCAAACAGCAUCCGCAACCUUCAGAAAUAAAAUUGAAAAUUGCGGAUUUUGGUUUUGCACGGUUCCUCCAAGACGGGGUGAUGGCAGCUACACUUUGUGGAAGUCCCAUGUACAUGGCUCCAGAAGUGAUAAUGUCACUUCAAUAUGAUGCCAAAGCUGACCUCUGGAGCUUGGGCACCAUUGUCUUUCAAUGUUUGACCGGUAAAGCACCCUUUCAAGCUAACACACCUCAAGCUCUGAAGCAAUAUUAUGAAAAAAACGCGAAUUUAUCCCCUAAAAUCCCUAUAGGUACUAGUCCAGAAUUAUGUGAUUUAUUGAACGGUCUUUUGAAAAGGAAUGCAAGGGAACGAAUGAACUUUGAACAGUUUUUUAAUCAUCGUUUCUUACAAAGAUCUGAACCACAAAAGUCUCAGAGUCCUUUAACAGCAGUUGAAUUACCAAUUCCUGUGUGUGGUUCACCUCCUAGUCGGAUUCCUUUAUUAGGGUCUACACCUGUUAAGGCCGAGGUAGCUCCUAAAUCAUUGCCUGAGUCCCCUCGAUUGUCUGCGAAAAACACGCUGAGUUCAAGCCCAGAAGAUGAUUUCGUACUGGUGCCUUCUAAUUUACCAUCUGACCAUUCAUCUGAGAGUUUUGGAGUCAAGCAACAGUGUAGAACGGUGAACGCAACUGGUAAAGUGUCUCCUUCACAAUUUACCGAAGUCGCAAGUCCUUCAAGACCAAGUUACCUACCCAUAUCAGAACCCAUCCCAGUCCCAACACAAAGAGACACUUUUGAAAGAAUGAAUAAUCAAAUAGACAGGUCUGAAAGAAAUAAUGACGACUCGUCGACUGCUAAGAUUGUUAAUAGUUCUGUGCCUAGAUCUCAACCAAUAAGUAUGAAAAGGUCGAACAGGCAAACAGAUAUUAACAUUACUUCCUUGUCGCCACCUUCAGUGCAAUUCGUAAUUGGAACGCCCCCCGGUGGUGGACGUAAACGUUCCACAUCAGGUAGUUCUAUAUGUGAGACUCCUCCACCUCCAAGCAUCUGGCAGGUCUCACCAGUAUCAGGUGCUAAAUCUAUGCCCAGAAACACGUCAUUUCUUGAACCAGGAACUUCGCCCCCGAUGUUAAGCGGUCCGCUGGCGCGUGUCCCGAUACUGAGCAGUCCCAAUUUAUCGGAUAACAAUAAUCUCCGCAAUCCACCUGUGAUGCCUUUUGGAACCAGGGCUCGAACAUUACCUGAAAUUACCGAAAUGGGGAAUUUCCCCAUGCCUUUUGGAGACAAAUCGUCGGUUGUAGAACACCCGUUGACGUUCCUAGCGCCCGAAUUGCCCGAAGAAACUCUUCUAGAGAGGGAACAUAACGAAACAUUGGCGAAAAUCAACUUCGUGUUGGCGUUGAGCAAUUGUAUUCUGGAAUUGGCUCAAGCAAGGGCGACCCCGUUGCAAUCUUUAGUAAACGAGCCGGUUGCGAAAACCCAGCCUCAGACAGAAAACUGUCGAAAAGCUGAACAGUUGGUGCUCCUCGUCAGGGCUCUGCAGCUACUCGGUUCCGGCCUGUCACUGGCAACACAGCAGCUCAAAUCAGGGCAGCUUCGACCCAGUCAAUCCGUCAAGCAGGUUGUGUCGAAACUUAACGAGAAAUUUCGUGCUACACUCGCGGAAUGCAAGCAACUAAAUAGCACAGGAUUGCUUUCAAAGAUUGGCUCCACAAAUAUUACAGCUGACAAAAUUCUGUAUAAUCAUGCAAUACAAAUGUGUCAGACGGCAGCUCUAGAUGAACUGUUUGGCAAUCCGGAGGAGUGUUUCCAAAGAUAUCAGACAGCCCAGAUACUACUACACAGCCUGUCCCAACAGGUUCAUGAUUCCCAGGACAAGGCACUAUUAACUAAAUAUAAAGAGGCAGUAGAAAAGCGACUUUAUGUUCUUCAACAACAAGGUUUUAUUUAUGCUACUGAUAUUGGAAAGAUAAGUAGUGUUGUUUAAGUAAAAUAAAAAGUUACGAAUGCAUACACGCUGAUCUACAUAUUACAUAUGUUUAUAUUUUAAAUAAAAAGACGACUAAGAGUUUAAUAAUACAAAUCAAUAUGAUAUUAUUGUACUUCUUUUGUGUUGUCGUUUAAUUAAGAGAACUGUGUUGCUUCCUUAUUUAUUUGUAAUUAAAAGUUCAAUAGAAAUUUUAACAGUGAAUAAAAAAAAGAAUGUAACUAUUAAUUAAUCGUUAAUCCUAUUUUAAGACAGACUUCUUCAUGUAAGUAGUAAAUUUCAAUAAUAACGAAGCGCAUGUACAAUAAAUAUUUAACUUAA